AUGACAUCCGCACCGGCGCGGCGACCAUGGCAAGACAUCGCGAAAGAAGCACAGGACUAUCGAGAUGAGUCUAUAGCGCAGCUGUCACCUCCUGCGCCGCAUGUUGCAACGAGUGUUCCGAAGAAUGCCAUGAAUAUACCAGGGAAGCUGCUUGACCCUAGUCUCUUGGCCAUCACGGACAGCCCGCCAGAGGUGUUGAUCAGAUCACUGGCAGCUGGCGAAGUAUCAGCCGUCGUGGUCACCACUGCCUUCCUACAGAGAGCUGUAAUUGCUCACAGUCUGACCAACUGCGUCACCGAACUCCUUCCUGAUCGUGCGCUAUCCCAAGCAAAAGAGUUAGACGAUUUCUUCGCACUCCAUAAGCGUCCAAUUGGCCCGUUACACGGCCUUCCCAUCAGUGUCAAGGAACAUAUUGGCUUCGCAGGGCUUCGAUGUACAACUGGCUAUGUUUCUCACUGGGAUGUGAUAUCUAAAGAGGACGCUCACAUCCUGCAAGUACUCCAUGAUGCAGGUGCUGUCUUCCAUUGCCGUACGACUGUCCCGCAGACAAUGAUGCAUCUUGAGACAGACUCGAACUUGUAUGGCGUCACUACGAACCCUUACAACGCGAGCCUCACGUCUGGCGGGAGUUCUGGGGGCGAGGGUGCGCUCGUUGCUUUACGUGGCUCGUGCCUUGGAAUCGGCUCGGAUGUAGGUGGCUCGAUAAGAAGUCCGGCGGCAAACUGUGGUAUAUAUGGCCUGAAGCCAACGGCUUUCCGACUUCCCACUGAUGGCUGGGGAUAUAUGAUGGCAGGUGCCGAUUCUGUGGAGACCGUUCUUGGCCCUCUCUCAACGUCGUUAUCUGGACUCAAGCUCUUCAUGAAGACCAUCAUUGAUUCCGAACCAUGGCUGACCGAGCCAGCAUUGAUACCGAUGCCGUGGCGUGAUUAUGAUCUACCUCGAGAUCAUCGACCUCUCAAAGUCGGAGUUCUCUGGCAUGAUGGUGUUGUGCGGCCACACCCACCCAUUACACGCGCUCUGAAAGCUGUCACAGACCGACUGAAAGAGACGGGUUCUGAGGUGGUCGAAUUUACACCACAUCUACACGAUGAGGCGUGGGCGAUUCUGUCCUCAUUGUAUUACCCUGACGGUGGUGAAGCGGAUGACGAUGACAUUGCCAAAUCAGGAGAGCCAUGGCGUCCCUUGUCAGAAUGGAUCAUCAAAGAUAACCCAUGCGUCAAGAGGCUCUCAGUGGGCGAGCUCGCCUACUGGUACGAAGAGCGCGAAGCAUACCGAAAAGAGUAUGCCCUACACUGGAACAAAUACGGCAUCGACGCACUACUUUGUCCUGUCGGCCCAGGCGUGGCACCAAAGCACAAUACAGCAAAGUACUGGAGUUACACAAGUCAAUGGAAUCUUCUCGACUAUCCUGGCGUCGUAUUCCCGGUAUGCAAAGUCGACAAAACAGUGGAUCGGUGGGAAGACGAUACCAAGCCCUUGAGCGGGCACGACGAAGAUAAUCGCAAGUUGUGGGACCCGGAAGAAUUUCACGGCGCUCCUGUGGGCUUGCAAAUUGUUGGCAGACGCUUCGAGGAUGAGAAGAUCCUGCGUAUACUGGAGCAUGUUCAAACAAAAAUCGGAUUGCCAUUCUGUUGA